CGCUCGAGGAGGCGGUGGAGGGCUUCAAGGAGCAAAUCCAGAACCAGCUAGACCAUCUAAAAAGAGUGAAAGACCUAAAGAAGAGACGUCGGGCACAGGGGGAGCAGGCACGAGCUGAGCUCUUGAGCCUGACCCAGAUGGAGCGGGAGAAGAUCGUUUGGGAGUUUGAGCAGCUGUAUCACUCCUUGAAGGAGCAUGAAUAUCGCCUCCUGGCCCGCCUUGAGGAGCUAGACUUGGCCAUCUACAACAGCAUCAACGGUGCCAUCACCCAGUUUUCCUGCAACAUCUCGCACCUCAGCAGCCUGAUCACCCAGCUGGAAGAGAAGCAGCAACAGCCUACCAGGGAGCUCCUGCAGGACAUUGGGGAUACCUUGAGCAGGGCUGAAAGAAUCAGAAUCCCUGAACCCUGGAUCACACCUCCAGAUCUGCAAGAGAAAAUUCACAUUUUUGCCCAGAAAUGUCUGUUCUUGACGGAGAGUCUAAAGCAAUUCACAGAAAAAAUGCAGUCAGAUAUGGAGAAAAUUCAAGAAUUAAGAGAGGCUCAGUUAUACUCAGUGGACGUGACCCUGGACCCAGACACAGCCUACCCUAGCCUGAUCCUCUCUGAUAAUCUGCGGCAAGUGCGGUACAGUUACCUCCAACAGGACCUGCCCGACAACCCUGAGCGGUUCAAUCUGUUUCCUUGUGUCUUGGGCUCUCCAUGCUUCAUCGCUGGGAGACAUUACUGGGAGGUAGAGGUGGGAGAUAAAGCCAAGUGGACCAUAGGUGUCUGUGAAGACUCAGUGUGCAGAAAAGGUGGAGUAACCUCAGCCCCCCAGAAUGGAUUCUGGGCAGUAUCGUUGUGGUAUGGGAAAGAAUAUUGGGCUCUUACCUCCCCAAUGACUGCCCUCCCCCUGCGGACCCCUCUCCAGCGGGUAGGGAUUUUCCUGGACUAUGAUGCUGGCGAGGUUUCCUUCUACAACGUAACAGAGAGGUGUCACACCUUUACUUUCUCUCAUGCUACCUUUUGUGGGCCUGUCCGGCCCUACUUCAGUCUGAGUUACUCGGGAGGGAAGAGUGCAGCUCCUCUGAUCAUCUGCCCCAUGAGUGGAAUUGAUGGGUUUUCUGGCCAUGUUGGGAAUCAUGGUCAUUCCAUGGAGACCUCCCCUUGAGGAGGUGAACUCAGGUCAAAAGGGCUGUUGGCUAUAAUCCUGCACCAGGCGCAAGGCAUCUUGUUGCCUUACCACUUCUUGUCCAUCACAGCUGGAUAUCCUUACCACGUUCCAUGCCCUUGCCGUGGGAGACAGGAUGUCCAUGAUCUCUAUCAUCCUCUUCCUUUCCGUGCAAAUUGUGAGACAAUGAGAAGGAUCAAGGUUUUCCAGAAAUAAAAACUAGAUGUCCACCUCCAGUGUUUCACACUUUUUGGUUUUACACAUUACUGGAGGGGAUAAAGAGUACAGGUAAUCUUUGGACUUGGGAGCCAUUCAAGAUACUUAAAUACCUGCUUGGCUCAGCCUGGCUCCCUCUGGUUCAGCCCCACACAGUGAUUAUGGGUAUUUGCUGUCAUUUCUGUACUAGGGCUCCUUUCUAAGAACCUAGACUGGAACUACAAGGCCCUGUCGGCAUGGCUCCCUUUAUCCCAAUUUUUCCUUCUGGGAACAGUACCUCUACCCCUGAUUCUCAAUCUGCCGUAGUUUUAUUAACUCCAUUAAAGAAGCCUGUAUGUGUUUUGGUUAGUUACAGUUAUUUUACAGUAAUGGUGGGAAAUGGCCCCGCCUCUGUUGAGAUAAUGUUCUAAUCAGUGUCUCUUUGCCUUUGUAUCUUUUUUGAGGACUUUGCUCCCUUCAUUCUAAUGAAAGGUGUAUUUUGGUGCUGGGUGCACAUCAUCUAGGAUAAUAUUCUGCCCAACUCCGUCCACUGUUUCUAGUUCCCUUCCCAGUCACAGUUGUGGACUAGUGGUCAGUCAUGCACCAUCCCUGGAAGGAUUCUGGGGCAGUAUUCUGGAGGCUCGUUGACCUCUUGCCUCCUUUUUCCAUUGCCUUUAGGGGUGGGUGAGCUGACCUUUAUAACGUGUAUACCAUCAAGUAGGAGGCAGCACCAUCCCCAUGGCCAUUGGAUAGACAUACAGAAGUCCAAAGGCUAGGGCAGAUCACUUUGAGCAAGCCCCCAUGAUGGUUCUCAGUCCUGCUUCUCUUUGGGUACAUGCUCCUCUGUUUAAAAAUAAAGUGAAUAUGGAUGUUUA